UGGCAGCUCAUACAGAGCUGGACAUCGCUCAUUAGUGGAGGAGACAAGCUCUGUAUUUCAGGAACCGGGGACUCGUUCACAGCAGGGACUACAAACAUGACAACCACUAAUGGGACCAUUGAGAACGGACAGCCAGACAAAAAGCAUCCCAUACUGCCCAGACCACUCUGUAACCUGGAGAUCCAGCAUCGCAAGAUAUUCAUUAACAAUGAUUGGCACAGCUCCGUGAGCGGCAGACAAUUUCCUGUAUCCAACCCAGCCACUGGCAAGAAGAUCUGUGAAGUGGAGGAGGCAGAUAAGGAAGAUGUUGACAAGGCAGUCGAAGCUGCGAGGGCGGCAUUCCAAAAAGGGUCCCCAUGGAGAACGCUGGACGCCACUGGCAGAGGAAAACUGCUUCACCGGCUGGCUGACCUCCUAGAACGAGACAGAAUCAUCCUGGCUACACUGGAAACAAUGGACACAGGAAAACCUUUCCUCCAUGCCUUUAUGGUGGACCUCGAGGGCUGCAUUAGGACUUUGCGUUAUUAUGCAGGCUGGGCUGACAAGAUACAAGGAAAGACUGUCCCAGUUGAUGAAAAUUUCCUCUGCUUCACUGUGCAUGAACCCAUCGGAGUGUGUGGGGCCAUUACCCCUUGGAACUUCCCGCUGAUGAUGCUGAUCUGGAAGAUGGGUCCAGCGCUCUGCUGUGGGAACACACUUGUUAUAAAACCAGCAGAACAGACACCUCUCACGUCGCUCUACAUGGGAUCUUUAAUUAAAGAGGCUGGCUUCCCUCCCGGAGUAGUCAAUAUUGUUCCAGGUUAUGGACCUACCGCUGGAGCAGCCAUCUCUUACCAUCCAGAUAUUGACAAAGUUGCCUUCACUGGCUCUACAGAGGUUGGAAAAUUAAUUAAGGAAGCUGCAUCUAAAAGUAACUUGAAACGCUGCACUUUGGAACUCGGGGGGAAAAAUCCAUGUAUUGUCUUGGCAGAUUGUGACAUGGAGCUUGCUGUAGAGUGCGCUCAUCAAGGUGUCUUCUUCAAUCAAGGCCAGUGCUGCACUGCAGCCUCUCGUGUUUAUGUAGAGGAAUCUAUCUAUGCAGAGUUUGUCCGACGCAGUGUGGAUCAUGCCAAACGGCGGCUGGUGGGGGACCCACUAGAUCCCAAAACUGAACAAGGUUCUCAGAUCGACCAAGAACAAUUUAACAAGGUCAUGGGUUUCAUACAGUGUGGGAAGGAAGAGGGAGCAAAGCUGGAAUGUGGUGGGUCAGCAAUCGGGGACCGAGGAUUGUUCAUUAAACCAACUGUAUUUUCUGAGGUGACAGACGACAUGAGGAUAGCCAAGGAAGAGAUUUUUGGGCCUGUUCAAGCAAUUCUGAAAUUCAAAAACAUAGAGGAAGUGGUAAAGAGAGCAAACAGCUCACAGUAUGGUCUGACAGCAGCUGUGUUCACCGGGAGCCUGGACAAAGCGCUGACUAUUGCCUCGGCCUUGCAGUCUGGAACGGUGUGGAUUAACUGCUACAAUGCCCUGCAUGCACAGACACCAUUUGGAGGUUUCAAGAUGUCAGGGAAUGGCAGAGAACUGGGAGAGUAUGCUCUGUCAGAAUAUACAGAGGUUAAAACAGUCACCAUUAAACUGGCUCAGAAGAACCCCUGAGAAGUGAAACUGGAGUAAAAGAAUGAACCAGGACAUUGUAAAACAAUCAAUAUUCUCACAAUGAUAGCUCAAAUGGCUGAAAAGACUGGCAAGACUGUAUUUUUAUUUUUUCAAUUU